CAAGAAAAGACGAUAAAACCUUUAAAUGCCGUGGUAACACGUGCUUUGGAUUUCAACGACUUCGUGGAAACCUUCCAUUUACGCGAUCACAUGGCUGAUCGCGUACAAGUUCUGUUUGGCGUUUCUUGAAUGAGGGAAAAUGAAGGAUUGUUUGUUUACGCGGAGCCUUCUACCAAUAAAACAGCGAUUUUUCAUUCUGUUAUGUCUAGCAGCGGCAUCAUUGGUAUUUCUUGUCCAAAAUCCUAGGUGGGGACUGGAGUCGAUUAUAAAUCUACGUCAGAGAUAUGAUUUGUCCGCCAGUGCAGAUAAAAUGGGGCAACUGGAAACAUAUCCUGCACAUCUCUUAAUAAAUGGAGCCCACGAUAUGACAGAGGCAGCAGUUACACUCAGUAAACACAGAGCUAUUGAAUUAGAGGAAAGACUCCGCACUUUGUCUGACGAAGAAAGCUUAACAGCUCGCUCAGAUCUGACCUUAAACCAGCCCCAGACCUCGUCGGCUUCGUCGGACUCUCAUACGUGCUCCUAUGAAGGCUUAGUACCAGCAAAACAAUUGACAUUCACGCCUCGAAAUAAAAGCUGUGUACCUUACAAGAGGACAGAUGAAGAUUGCAAUGUAGCCUUUAAAUACUUCGGGGCAUACAACUUAACUUCUGAACCAGUUCAGUGCGAUAAGCAAGCAAGUCGGCCGAUCUGUACUUUCCUCACCGAGUUUCGUUUCAGCCCAAAAGAUAAAGUGUCAGUCACAUGUUGGAGGGAUGUUUGCUCCCAAUCUUCGCCGAUUCUUCUGGGCUGUUCUGAUCCAGAAUUUGGAGUAGUCGAUAAAGAGGAGGACUGGGUUAAAUUCCACAGCAUAGGCGAACUGGAACAAGAUUUACCUGCAAUUGUUGUACAAAAUUCCGUCCAAGGUUUCAAUUUUUGCCUGUUACAGUGCAAAAUUGACGGGCACAUGGUCAAACAAGCACUUAUCUUUCCGCCGAUUUUAAAACACGCAAUUCAGAAUGCUCCGCUCUCAAAAAAGAAAAUAAAUGUGAACAUCAUUCUCGAGGACUCGGUUUCAAGAUCUCAUUUUUACCGCUCCAUGCCGCGUUCGGUCCAGUCCUUGCGAGAUAUUUACAGAGAUGCUAGUUUUCAAGCAACGGUUCUUGAUUUUGAGCUCGUUCAGAGUUAUGCAGCGUUCACUCUUCCAAACGUUCAAUUCAUGAUGGCUGGGAAAUCACUGAAAGGUAGGAGAAAAGUACCGAAGCGUGUGAAUGGUAUAAGCAUUCUCACCGAAAAAUUCAAACGCUUUGGUUAUCAAACGUUAAUGCACGAAGACCUUUGCUGGUAUGAUCAAUGGGGAAGCUUUUUGUCACCUGAGUACAAGAAAAAGGUAAAACCUUUCACGGAGGGGUUUAAAAGCAUUUUCGAGGAAUUCAAACAAAGCACUGAUCGAUAUGUGGAUAAUAAAGCCAUGACUUUGCUAUCCUGUGAAAUAUUAAAGGAAUUUGGGACUUCAAAUCCUUUUGGAGGAAAAUCCACAAGGAACUAUUGUUGGGAUGGACGUUCUCUAAGCGAGUAUCUCCUUUUCUACGUGAGACGAUUCAUAUCACUGGUUGAUCGAAAACCAGAAGUAGCACCGGCGUUAGUUUACACGCAUCUUAACACCGGACACGAACCCUCUGGCAAACGCAUACGAGCAGACGACAAUAUUUUGUCCAAGUUUCUCGAAGAAAUGGCACGGAGUGAUAAUACUUUGACCCUUCUUAUAUCAGAUCAUGGUGGAAAGACGUCAGACUACGCCAUUGAGACUUUACCUGGUAGUUUAGAAGUGUACAGCCCUAUGAUGUUUAUGAUAAUUCCUCACAAAGUUGCCCAGCGCCUUGGAAAGGAUCGCAUGAAUGCGCUCAAGUUAAAUCAGAAACGUUUAGUAACAUUUGGAGAUUUGCAUCAUGCACUUAACUCUAUUGCAGCCUUGAUAGACGAUGGACGUACGCAGGACAAGGUCAGCGGCUUACUACAGCCAAUUCCACUGACUCGCACAUGCGCAGAUAUAAAGGAUAUAUCCCCCGAAGGCAUGUGUCGGUGUGAAGGCUGGAGAAAGUUUUUGAGUCCAAAUUCCAUGGAGGUCAUUUGGCUGGCAGAGUUUGCUCUUGGACAAAUUAAUAACAUGAUACAAAUGCAAUACUCGCAAGGAUUUGCUGGAAAUAAAUCAAAGCGCAAAAACGGAUUUGGCCGAUGCGCCAUGUUUGUUGGUAAAUCCAUUGAGCGACCGAGACAGGAACUUCUUGGCAAAGACUACAUCACCACCUUGGUUUUGGUUGUUGAACCAGCUUAUGGUGUGGAAUCGAAGGAACGAUUCGAAGUUCAGCUAAAACACUCCAGCGUUCGAGAACACAACAUCACCUUCAUCAAAUACACGCGGCUUAGUUUCUAUAGCAGGUAUAAAGGCUGCGUCGACAAAAACGUGGACCUCAAUCUUUGCGCAUGCGCAAUGCAUCACUCAAAUAAACAUAGGCGAUCGGACAUCGAGGAUCUGAUUCGCGCCCGCCAUUUUGUAGACUUCGGAAUGACAAGUAGUACACGCUCUCUCGCAUCCAAGUGUUUAUUGGUCACGAUAAGGCAUUUAAAGCGGCUUGUCGUUUCCAAAAAGCAAACUCGUGUCAUGAGCAUUGAAGUUGCGAAUGUGUGUGAAAAUGAAACGAUGAGAGUGAAACUGGGAGGUAUCCACAGAGUAACACGAUUUUCACGUGCACUUCCCAUCUCUAUAGUCUUGAUGCCGAGGACGAUUCAGUUUUCGCUCUCAGUUCUCAAUGAAUGGAAGUACGGUUUAUUUAAACCGGUUUUUUUGCACUCUCGGCAUGGCAGUAAAAGGGAAAAAGGUCAUAUCACAAGAACCUCCUGAAUACUUUUUAACGUUAAUGCAUUAUUGAAACAUUGUCGAAUCGGGCUUUAGGAACAUUUUUAUU